UCGUGUAUUUUUCGGAGCUAGGGUUUCAGAGGUAGCCUCCGUUGCAGUUUGCUUCUGCUCCGAUCACACGAAAACAAUGGCUCGGAUCAAAGUUCAUGAGCUGAGGGGCAAAUCGAAGGCUGAUUUGUUCGCUCAGUUGAAGGAUCUUAAAGCCGAACUUGCUCUUCUCCGUGUCGCCAAGGUCACCGGAGGUGCGCCGAACAAGCUCUCCAAGAUUAAAGUGGUGAGGACAUCGAUUGCACAGGUGCUGACUGUGAUAUCGCAGACCCAGAAGUCGAUGCUUAGGGAAGCUUACAAGAAGAAGAAGUAUCUGCCUCUUGAUCUGCGUCCCAAGAAAACUAGAGCCAUUCGCAGGCGUCUAACCAAGCAUCAGGCUUCGUUGAAGACAGAGCGAGAGAAGAAGAAAGACAAGUACUUCCCUUUGAGGAAGUAUGCAAUUAAGGCAUAGUUGGUAGAAACCAAUUGAGAUAUGGAAAUUUAGGUCCAUUUUUGAAUUUGAAUUUGUAUCAGAAAAUUUGAUGUUUUUACAAAAGGAUUAAACAUUGGAUCUUGCUUUGAAA